UGUCAUUUUCAGGUGAGGGCCGUGUGGAUCCUCACGAAUUUCAGUGCAGAGAAGAAGAAGGAGGGAAAAAAAGAAAACUCAAAGCGCGAGCGGCGGCGAGAAUUUAUCGAUACCUCAUAAAAUAGUACUACACACCCUGUGCUGAAAAUGCUCGUUCGUUUGUUUUGAACUUUGGAACUAAUAACGGGAAUAUCACUGAUAUAGACUGCACUGCAAUAUAUAAAGGGCCGCGAGUCUUUGAACUCUGCUGUCACCAUGGCCGUCUGGAGUCUAAGUUGUGUUCUGCUUGUGCUUCCAGCCUUGUCAUGUGCUAGUGGAAUAAGAUGGUGCACAAUCUCGGAUCAAGAGAGGAACAAAUGUACCGCCAUGGCGAAGGCAUUCUCGGACGCGGGUAUCGGCCCUGGCUUACAGUGCGUCAGCGAUACUUCAGUCAUUGGAUGCGCGCGGAAACUCACGAGCAAUCACGCGGACGCGUUUUCAAUGAGCGCUAAAGACGUGUACACCAUCGGAAAGGACAUCACCUUCAAAGUGGCUGCCGGAGAGUCUGACGCAAAGGGCACCGCGACCACCUACCACGCGGUGGCGGUGGUGAAGAAGAGCAACUCGGCGAUCAACAUCGACAACCUGAAGGGGAAGCGGUCCUGCCACACCGGCAAGGCCCGCACGGCCGGCUGGGACAUGCCUGUCGGCUACUUGAUUGACAGCGGCCGGAUGUCCGUCAUGGGCUGUAACAUCCCGCAAGGCGUGGCGGACUUCUUCUCGGCCAGCUGCGUCCCGGGGGCCCAGGCCGACCCCCCCUCCCUGUGCCAGCUGUGCGUCGGAGACAAAGCGGGACAGAACAAGUGUUCCGCCAGCGCCAGCGAGCGAUAUUACUCCUACGAGGGGGCCUUCAGGUGCCUGGUGGAAGGGGCAGGGGACGUGGCCUUUGUGAAGCACACCACAGUCAAGGAAAACACCGACGGUAACAGCAAAGAACCGUGGGCCCAGAAACUUCUGUCGACGGACUACGAGCUGCUCUGCAGAGACGGGCGCAGGGCUCCGGUGACAGAUUUCGAGAAUUGCAGCCUGGUUCGAGUCCCUGCCAGGGCGGUCGUGGUCCGCAGCGAGGUCGACAGCUACGUGGUCUACAACAUGCUGCACGAGGGAGUGCUAAAAUCCAAGUUCCCCAUGUUUUCUUCUGCGGCGUACGGGGGCAAGGACCUGAUGUUCAGCGACACGUCCGAAGCAAUCAUCCUCGUUGACAUGGAGUACAAGCCGUGGAUGGGCUUGAGGUACUACAACGCACUAAGAGCCACGGACUGCGCAUCUGAUACCCCAGAAUUCCUGCGGUGGUGCGUGCUGUCCGACGCCGAGCAGAGGAAGUGCGUGGACAUGGCGGACGCCUUCCACCAGAGGGCGCUGACUCCCAAGAUUCAGUGUGUUUACGGGGACUCCAUGGAGGAGUGCAUGCAGAAAAUACAGAACAAGGAGGCUGAUGCCAUCACUCUGGAUGGAGGCUUCAUCUACACCGCAGGAAAAAAGUACGGCCUGGUACCUGCAUCAGGAGAGAGCUACACAGGAGACACCGACGGCAGCGUGUACUACGCCGUGGCCGUGCUGAAGAGGGACAACAUGAACAUUCACUCCUUCAGCGAGCUGCAGGGGACGACGUCCUGCCACACGGGCUACGGCAGGACGGCCGGCUGGAACGUCCCCAUGGCCGUGCUGAUGGAGAAGGGUCUGAUCGAGUCGCAGAAGUGCCAGAUGCCCCAAGCUGCCGGAAAGUUCUUCAAGGCCAGCUGUGUCCCGGGAGCCAAUCAGCCCGGAUUUCCCAGCAACCUUUGCGCCCAGUGCAUCGGAGACAGCAGUGGCAGCAACAAGUGCGAGAGAGACAUGGAUCGCUACGACGGCUACAACGGAGCGUUCAGAAUUUCCUGGUGUGUGUGUGUGUGUGUGUGCGCGCCUGUGUGUGUGUGCGUGUGCACGUGUGUGUGUGUGUGUGUGUGUGUGCGUGUGCGUGUGUGUUUUUCUCCCCCAGGUCACUCCAGUGAGCCGUGGGCCGUGAACCUGGAGUCGCGGGACUUCCACCUGCUGUGCCCUGACGGGUCGCGGGCAGAGGCGACGCAGUACGCCCACUGCAACCUGGCGAGCGUGCCCUCCCACGCCGUCAUGGUGCGGCCCGACACCAACGCCCACGCCGUCUUCGGCCUCCUCGACAAAGCGCAGGCGUUUUAUGGCAGCGAUGGCGGAUCUGGGUUCCGCAUGUUCAACUCCACGAAGUACGGCGGGGCCGACUUAAUCUUCAAAGACUCCACGGUGAAGAUGAUCGGUGUGGCGGACAAGAAGACCUACACGGACUGGCUGGGGCAGCACUACAUAGCGUCUCUGGAGGUGAUGGACUGCCCAUCCUCUGCCACAGCUCUGUCCUCGCUGUCCCUGGUGCUGGUGGCUCUUCUCUCCUCCCUCCUCACCCUGCUCUCCAUGUGAGAGGAACCCGGGGUCCCGGGCCGAACCCUCCCACCCCCUCCGCACGGCACGGGCCGCAUCAACACCUCCACCAAUCACAGACGCACACUCAACCUCAGGCUGGACAGCUGCUGUCCUCACGGGUCCAUCGUCGUCCAGUGAGAUGUCCUGCAGGAGCAGUUACCUGCAACCAAGCUGGAUAAAUUACUUCAUUCCCAGUGCUUAACCCUUUUAACACCGAUUAGUGUCCUGCAGAUGGCACACAAUUUUAAAGAAACUAAUUAUUUUAAACGAAUUAUAAUUUCACUGAUUUUACUGAGCAAAUAAUUUACUUGCGUGUGAUUGGUCAGUAAAGCUUAAUUGAAAAUUCUCAGGAAUCUGCGAGAGGGUUUUCAAAUUUAACUGCCAAAAUAGUAUUUGAAAUUGAACUGCCAUCUAAUACAUAAGUCCUGACCUACAGACAGUUGUGACCAAAUGGAGAUGGAUUUUUUUUGGGGGGGUUUUGACGGGUGGGUGGAACUGGAAGUGUGAAGGGAGCACAUUGAAAAGACGGCGACCAGCGAGCCAGGCGGGUGUUGGGAGAAAGAGCUGCUUACAUUAUCAUAAGUGUUAUACGUCGCCUAACGGUGGUUUUCCGUCAGCUCGAGGGUGAAGCCACGUCAGUGCGCGUGCUUGGCCUGUUACGUGCGCGUUCACUUCCCGAACGUGUUUUUAUUAGGUCUUCGCUGAGUUGAGAUGUUUUUGGAAAUUACUUGAAGGCACUUGCCAUAUCAGGGAAUAUGCAGUGUCUUCUGCUUUCUCCCUGGCUUGCACUAGUUUUUGUUGCGUGUGUAGGCAGAUUUUGUGACUGACUGACAGUGGUACGCACACCAAAAAAGAAAAGAGAUUAAAAUGGAAAUUUUUAAUUUUACGUCGAAACAAAAAGCUGUACUUAGAAAUAGAUACGAUAGAUGCGAUAUUGUCACGCAUUCAAUCUGCGCACAGAAUAUUUUAUGACAUUUCUACAAUUCCAGCACCUUGGAUGAGAUUGGAGAUGAUGAUGAUGAUGGUGAUGAUGAUUAUGAUGAUGAUAAUGUUGUGAAGUGCAGAAUCAGCCUCUGAGCCAGUGAUGUUCAGUCGAAAAAGCAGCUUGGUCUGCCUGCAGUCAUACGGCACCGAUGCAUUCUGGGAGCCAAGGCCCUGUCUCUUUGAGAGUGUCCCUUUGUCAGGUGACCCCCAAGCUUUUACAAAGCCAAAUGAUGGAGCUCUGGAAUCAGAAUAACCCAUGAACUGGCCCCGAACAUCAGAAGGCAACGGCUGCGAAGACGUGGCCAAGAUGGUCAGAUCGAGUCAGAUUGCUUUUUCACAUAUUGAUUUGAGAACCAGUGCUUUGUCUUUCCUUAGCGAGCUACAAAAUGUACCUGCUGACACGGCGAUGCCAUGGUAACAUGUCUGUCGCGCUACUGGGAUCUGGCGGACAUUUUGACCAGGCGCUGCCUCUAACCGCUGAUUUUGCACUGAAACUAAAAUGCGUUGCUGUGCGCUUGUACUCCACACACUGUAUGGAAAUCAGGAAUGGGCUACUAUCCACAUUUAUCUGUGCUUGAUUUUUUUAUAUGUAAUAUUGAGAGAGAUUUAUUUUUAUAAGAUGUUCAGAUACCAUAUCAGUGUAUAUGUACUGACUCACUGCUGUCUUUCUUUUAUCAAAUUUUUUUUCUUCUUUUUUUGGAAAAUUUGAGCAAUUUGUUGGAUGAAAUGAAUAUUCACGUAACUAACAUUUAGUUGCCUGGGCAGUGAAUCUCCUUUAGUGGGCUAUUGCUACAUAUUCUAUGUUACUAUUGCUACAUACCUUCUUUGAGUUUUCUGACACAUUAUUAAUAAAGAUUAUUAUCUGAUUCUGAUCUUUUAUCUUUUAAUAAAGAAGCAUAACGAC